AUGUAUGGUUUCAUUUAUGUAAAAUUAUGCCAGGCGGGCCGCCGCGAUCCCGGGGAUGGGGGGAGGGCGGCCGCGGGCAGACACUGCGCUGCGCUUCGCGGCCUGCACCAUGCGGGGCCCCUGCUCUGCGCGCUGGCCGGGCUCGCCCUGCUCCGCGCCGCGGGCGCCUUCGCCGCUGCCGAACCCUUCAUCCCCUCCCGCGGAGACCCAGCUCGGGCCACAAGGUGUGACAGGCACAUGGCCAUCCACAGCCGGUUAGACGUCCUGGAGGAGACGGUGGAGAAGACGGUGGAGCACCUGGAGGCAGAAGUAAAAGGCCUGCUGGGUCAGCUGGAGGAGCUGGCCUGGAACUUGCUCCCAGGGCCCUUCAGCCCGAUGCCUGACCUCCUAGGAGAUGGAGACGGUCGCUUUUGAGC